AUGGGGUGCAAAAGUCUGUGCUUUGGAGUGUCUUGUGUUCUGUUUGCUUAUUAUAUUUAUACUCCCUUACCAGAAAACAUUGAAGAACCAUGGAAAGUAAUGGUUGCGGAUGCUGUUAUAAAAAUGGCUUCAAUUACGGCCCUGUUAUUUGAAACUAUAGGUGUCAUGAAAUACGAAGAAUUAUUGUUAAUGUUAUUGUCACUGGAUUAUACAAAACCAAUUUCAGAUGAAAAUGUUACAGUGACAGACACAGCGUUUGGUGACAUCCCAGUACGUUUGUACUUACCAAAGAGGAAAUCAGAAAGACAGAGACCAGCUGUAAUUUUUCUUCAUGGUGGUGCCUUUGUCUUAGGAAGUUGCAAACAGACACCUUAUGACUCCCUGAGUAGACGGACAGCCAACAAACUUGAUGCUGUUGUCGUUGGAGUGGACUUCAGAUUAGCUCCUCAAUAUCAAUUCCCAGUUCUCCUUGAAGAUGUGGUUUCUGUGGUCAAGUUCUUUCUACAGGAUAACAUUGUUGAGAAAUACGGAGUGGAUCCCACCCGAAUCUGUUUAACAGGAGAUAGUUCCGGGGCUGUGCUGGCCACAAAAGCAACUCAACUGAUACAGAGUGACCCAGAAUGCAAAAUUAAAAUUAAGGCACAAGCUUUAAUCUACCCUUUCUUACAGAUGCUUGAUAUUUCAAUGCCCUCUCACCAAGACUACCAGCAGGGUCCAAUUCUAUCAAGGGAUGUGGCAGUUAGAUUGGGAAGUCUGUAUGUGACUACAGAUAAAGCACUGCCCCAGGCAAUGAGAGUAAACCAACAUAUGCCUGAGGAAUCAAGACAUCUUUUCAAGUAUGUUAACUGGAGUACUCUUCUUCCUGAGAAGUUUAGAAAGAAUCAUGUUUAUACUGAACCAAUUCUUGGAAGACUUAACCCUUCAUAUCCAGCACUUACGGAUAGUAGGUUAUCACCCUUAAUAGACGAGGAUUCCCAGUUACGAAAGUUGCCAUUAACUUAUAUUGUCACCUGUCAACAUGAUAUCCUAAGGGAUGAUGGACUUAUAUAUGUCACACGACUUCAAAAUGUUGGAGUUCAAGUUACUCAUGUGCACUUGGAGAAUGGAUUCCAUGGAGCUCUAUCACUUAUGGCAUUGCCACUUUACUUAGAUCUUGGCAUUAAAAUACAAGAUAAAUAUAUUAGUUGGUUAGAAGAAAACUUAUAA